CCAAAAUGACCGUAGUAGCGGGCGAUAAUAUGGACGAGACCUCAGCUGUCCCUGGCCACCCUCAGGACACCUACCCCCCUGACCACACUGACCACGAGUGCUGCGAGAGGGUGGUUAUCAACAUAGCCGGUCUUCGUUUUGAGACGCAGCUGAAAACGCUCUCCCAGUUUCCGGAGACGUUGUUGGGCAACCCGAAAAAGAGGAUGCGGUACUUUGAUCCUCUGAGAAAUGAGUACUUCUUCGACAGAAACCGUCCCAGCUUCGAUGCCAUCCUUUAUUACUAUCAGUCUGGGGGGAGGCUGAGAAGACCGGUGAAUGUCCCCUUGGAUAUGUUCUCAGAAGAAAUCAAAUUUUACGAGCUGGGAGUAGAGGCGAUGGAGAAGUUUCGUGAGGAUGAGGGCUUCAUCAGGGAGGAAGAGCGUCCUUUACCCGAGAAGGAGUUCCAGCGUCAGAUUUGGCUCCUCUUCGAGCACCCAGAAAGCUCGGGCCCUGCCAGGGGAAUUGCCAUAGUGUCCGUGAUGGUGAUCCUGAUUUCAAUAGUUAUAUUUUGUUUAGAGACUUUACCACAACUGAAAGAGGAUCCAGCAGGCCGAAUAGAGAGAGUGGGGAACAUUACAAUUUAUUAUAAGCCCGACAUCCUUACUGACCCCUUCUUCAUCAUCGAGACUCUCUGUAUAAUCUGGUUCUCCUUUGAGUUGAUAGUACGCUUCCUAGCAUGCCCGAGCAAACCGGCCUUCUUCAAGAACAUGAUGAACACGAUUGACAUAGUGGCCAUCAUCCCUUACUUCAUUACACUUGGCACUGAGCUGGCUGAAGACCCAGAAAACGAGGGGGUGGGAGAGCAGGCAACAUCUCUGGCCAUACUCAGGGUGAUCCGUCUGGUCAGGGUGUUUAGGAUCUUCAAGCUGUCACGACACUCUAAAGGACUCCAGAUUUUGGGACAGACCCUCAAGGCCAGCAUGCGAGAGCUAGGACUGCUGAUCUUCUUUCUGUUCAUUGGAGUCAUCUUGUUCUCCAGUGCUGUCUACUUUGCUGAGGCAGAGGAGCAAGAUUCGCACUUUGGCAGCAUCCCGGAUGCAUUUUGGUGGGCUGUUGUGUCCAUGACAACUGUGGGCUAUGGGGACAUGGUCCCGGUCACUAUAGGAGGCAAGAUUGUUGGAUCUCUGUGCGCCAUCGCUGGAGUGUUGACAAUUGCUCUCCCAGUGCCUGUCAUCGUGUCCAACUUCAACUACUUCUACCACAGGGAAACUGAGGGAGAAGAGCAAGCCCAGCUGCUCAACGUCAGCACUCCCAACAUCCCGUCUGAAACCAACUCCAGCCGCCGUAGUUCGUCUACCGUCAGCAAAUCAGAGUACAUGGAGAUUGAUGGAGACAUAAACAAUAGCAUCGAUAACUUUAGGGAGGCAAACCUCAGAACUGGCAAUUGCACUAUAGCCAACCAGAACUGUGUAAACAAAAGCAAGCUGCUUACUGAUGUUUAGACACUAGCUAGGAAUUUUAGUCUCUCUACGAGACUGUUAUAGAUGGAGUAGACCGUAAGUUAGGAAUGCUUCAUUUACCUCCCCAAAGCACUCUAUGGCAUUAGGCCUGCAAUUAUGCUCAGCUAUACCGAAAGGAAGCAGAAAAAAAACAAAACAAAGCUGUUAGAGUACAUGACAGGUAGAAAGAAUUAUUAUUCUGAUACUACAAAUAUAUAGUCACAUCAGAGAGAAGACAUUGAUCAUUACACACACACCAGGCUCCCUCGAGGACCCAGAGCACACGCCGUCUUCUCAGACCACAGUGUGAUAAUUAAAAUCUUAUAUGCAUGGAGUACAGAUAACAUUUCAGCAAGUUGCACAACCCACCAGAAAUGACUGCAGACAUGCAAGCAUCUGCGGCCAAAUGGUAAGCGCCAAAAAAAGUUAGGAGACCUCCCCCCGCCACCCCCACCCACACACACCCUCCCUCCAUUCCCCGUUCUCUCCGCAAAGGAUCUUCUACUCGGCAAAGCACCUUAUAGGAGGAAGACUGAUCUCUCUUGUUUGGAUAUAAACAGACGGCGAUCUACUUGCUUCACAGACAUCUGCAAUGCUGCUGUUUCAUUUUUGUUUAGUUUCGUUUUUUUCCUCAGCAGUUGCUGUAAUUGUGUCAUCACCAAGUGAUUCAAUGCCAUGCCCUUUAGACGCGACACAGCACAAUGAGAACGUGAGCUUCACAUGAGCAUGAUUAGAGACUUUCCAUUUUGAUAUCGGCAUGCACAAGACAUAUCUCACAACACCGGAAAGGAUGUUCUUUUGGAUAGCUGCCUCCAUUCCCUCCUACAACCCCCCACCCUGCCCCUCUUCCAUUCUGUUUUCACACCGAGUGCACUGGAUGAGUUUUUGGUUCGAAAAUGCAAAUCAUUUAGAAGUAUAGAAAUUGAAUGUUAAAUCUUAAGGGAACAGUACAUAAAUGAGAUCAUAGCAUGAAAAAAAGUAACCUGCAUUAUGGUCUGUCAACUAAGGUACUUUUGUAUCCUGGUAUAUUUAAUGCAUGACGUGAGUAUACAGCUUGUUGCUAAAUCUUGGCACUUUGUGGUGCCCUAUUGUCAGGAAAACUAAGGAAAUCAAAUUCUGGAUGUUUCUGAAUUGUGGUCAAAUAUAUCCGAACCUACCUUCAGGAUGCAGAGUUUAUCAUUUAAGAGUAGGCAAAGAAACUGAAUAAAUAUUAUCAAAAAAAGCAUAUAAUCCUAAUAAGCACCGAUUACUGUAUUAGUCAGUAGUGCACUGCAUGGACCUUCUUUUUUGACAACAGAACAGAUUAAAGUCAUGCUUCUGUCUCCAUCUCCAAUUUAGGUCAUGCUGGUUUUGAAUCCACCGAGAAGGAUAUUUAUCAGAAAUAUAUUCUGACUUUAGUUGCUAGUGCCUUUCCCCCUUUCAUCAACAGGACCAGUGAAAGUGCCUCUGUGUUCAGCGGUGUUUGUGUGGUUGAGCAGAGCUGGUCCACCUUCUGUCUUAGUGUUGAAACCGUGUUUGCUAUGAUGCUAUGAUGCCAAGUGAGCAGGUGAUUUGGGUCAAUAUAAUAGGAAAAAAAAAAACAGAUCCAUGCUGUCAUGCACAAACCCGUUUUUAUGCUGUCAUGCACUUAUUUAUACCCUUGAGCAGCAAUGUAUUGUACUCUGCAUGUUUACCACUCCACUUCAAAAGGGAAUAUCCAUUGUUUUGUUUUUCAUGCUUUUCUUUGUGCACCAUGCAUCCUUUCAAGGUCUCUACCUCAGUGAGGUCAUUGCAAACACACUGCAGAGCUGCAAGCUUCGACGCAGGGUUUCCUAUACCAUAAUGCAAAAUGGAACCUUAAGUGUAAACUGCAGUCAUGCAAUAUUGAAUGUGAGAGUCCCAAAGCAUAGCCUUUACACAAGCACUUAGGGUAAAUAGUGUACCACAAUCCUGCUCCUUUUUUUCACUCAAAGCUACGCACAAUCAGAACGCGUUUGUAGUUUGUAGAGAUUGCCUGACUCUCCUAAUGGGAUGAGGUCGACUUUUUAAUGUGUCCGUUUCUUUGAAACAGUGCCAUGUCAAGUUACCGUAGUGUCACAGGAAAAUUAGCGAAUGUGUUUAAAAACGGCAGAGAAGUUGAAUCUAGUUUUAAAAGCUGUCACACUGAAAUUUUUGAGCAAUGUGAUGCACAGCAAAGUGAAGCCCAUCUCUUUGCACAGUUGUUUUAUUCUGCUGCUUAAGUCCUUAUUUUUCUUUACCAGUGAGAUUUUCCUUUCUUUUUGCCUGUGCUUGUUCAUUCGUCGUGCAUCGUUUCUCAGCAUAUUGUUCCAGACAAGCAGACUGCAGAUAGAGUAGAACAAAAUGUACUUGAAAUUCUCCAGCUACUGUACAUCAACCUACACUCAGUAUUGAGAAUAAUUUCUCUGAAUGAUAGCUAGAUUUUAUACUGUACUGUAUGCUGUUGUUAUUUUUGUUUUGCCUUGUUUCCUUUUACAUUUAGCACACUCCUGACAGUAUCCUGUAAAAAGAAAACACUGCAGUGCUACUUGAAUGUCAGAGUUGUUUGGCUAUUCUUUGCGGUGCUAGUACACGACUACCGUUCUUGUUUUGCUCCCUUAACACGUUUCCUGCGGCUGAAGCAAGCCUUCCUGAAUCAUUUUGGAAAAGAUGAUUUUCUUCUCAGUAAUUUAUCUUCCUCUCUGUUAUGUUGUUGGUGGCUGGUUGAGUAGUUUGCGGCACUGUCCGUCAUUUCAUUUGGGACUGAUCUCUGUACUGUACUGAUGAAGUGUGUCCACCUCAGGCACGGCAAAUGUCAGUAAAUGCAAAAAAAAAAAAAAAAAAAAAA